CAUUUCCCUCUCUUUGCAUUUCGCGUUCUCUACUCAUACCUGGUCUCUCGUCUCUGCUUCGGAGACGAUUCUUUCUCGCAUUUCCAUUUUCUGUUCUUCAAUUUUGCCUGAAGGAUCCAUGGCUGACCAACCAGGCGGGCUGGAUUCGGUUAUUAACAAGAUCUCCGGUAAGAUCGACGGCUACAAUUCUUCCUCUUCCUCCGGCUCUGAUGAUGGCCACCCUUCAAAAAUCAAUGCUGUAAAAUCCCACGUUUUUAGGCUCUUCGGUAGAGAUAAGCCCGUUCACACGGUCUUGGGCGGUGGAAAACCUGCUGAUGUUCUUCUUUGGAGGAACAAGAAGAACUCUGCAGGCAUCCUUGGGGGUGCCACUGCCUUGUGGAUUCUUUUUGAGUUGCUUGAGUACCAAUUAAUCACUCUCGUAUGCCAUAUAUUAAUUCUUGUACUGGCUCUAGUUUUCACGCGGUCUUAUGCCAGUUCGUUUAUCAACAAGUCCCCACCGCAAAUCCCAGAUUUUAGACUUCCUGAAGAUCGUCUACUCGAGGUUGUCUCUGCACUGAGAAUCGAAAUCAACCAUGUAAUCUCCAAUUUACGUAACAUUGCUUCUGGGAGAGAUUUGAAGAAAUUCCUCCGUGCUUUUAUUGGCUUAUGGGUUCUAUCAAUGGUUGGAAGCUGGUGCAAUUUUCUGACCUUGUUAUACACAUCCGUUGUAUUGCUACACACUGUGCCAGUGCUAUAUGAGAAGUAUGAUGACCAGGUUGACGCAUUUGCUGAGAAGGCUUUGAUAGAGGUCAAGAAGCAGUAUGCUGUAUUUAGCGCCGAAGUUCUGAGUAAAAUCCCGAUGGGGGCACUUAAAGAGAAGAAGAAGGAUUAGGUUAUGUGGCAUUUUUGUCUGAUAUAAUGUGAUCGAGACGAUAGCCGAGCUGGAGACUCCAGAGAUCUUACAUAGACCCGAGUCUAUUUUGGUUGUAUUUACUUUUGUCUGCUUUGAUAUGUUUAUAAUUAUAAGUUAUUAAAUUUAUGUAAAUUAUGUUUUGCUCUUUAUUGUUUUGCUCUUAUGUAAUAAAGAAUGUGAUAUGGAAUGUUUUUAUAAA